AUGGACCCAUGCGUGAUUCAGAUGACUGGCAGUGGCAACCUGCCCUCAGUUCUGGAUGUGCAUGUCAACAUCAGUGGGAGAAGCUCUGCGCCAGGAAAAAUGAAAGGCAGGAAGGCCAGAUGGGCCGUGAGGCCCUCGGACCUGUCCAACAGAACUUUCAAUCCCAUCCGGGCCAUUGUGGACAACAUGAAGGUGAAGCCAAACCCAAACAAAACCAUGAUUGCUCUGUCAAUUGGGGACCCUACUGUGUUUGGAAACUUACCUACAGACCCUGAAAUUAUCCAAGCGUUGAAAGAUGCCCUGGACUCGGGGAAGUAUAACGGCUAUGCCCCCGCCAUUGGCUACCUAUCCAGUCGGGAGGAGAUUGCUUCUUAUUACCACUGUCCCAAGGCACCUCUGGAAGCUAAGGAUGUUAUCCUGACAAAUGGCUGCAGUCAGGCUAUUGACCUUUGUUUAGCUGUGUUGGCCAAUCCAGGGCAAAACAUCCUAGUUCCGAGACCGGGUUUCUGUCUCUACAGGAGUUUGGCUGAAUCUAUGGGAAUUGAGGUCAAACUCUACAAUUUAUUGCCAGAGAAGUCUUGGGAAGUUGACUUGAAACAACUGGAAUCUCUGAUUGAUGAAAAGACAGCUUGUCUCGUUGUCAAUAAUCCAUCAAACCCCUGUGGGUCAGUGUUCAGUAAAAGUCAUCUCCGGAAAAUUCUGGCAGUGGCUGCAAGGCAGUGUAUCCCAAUCUUAGCAGAUGAGAUCUACGGAGAUAUGGUGUUUUCGGAUUCCAAAUUUGAGCCUCUGGCCACCCUCAGCAGCAACGUCCCCAUCCUGUCCUGUGGAGGGCUGGCCAAGCGCUGGCUGGUUCCCGGCUGGAGGUUGGGCUGGAUCCUCAUCCAUGACCGAAGAGACAUUUUUGGUAAUGAGAUCCGAGAUGGGCUAGUGAGGCUGAGUCAGCGGAUCCUGGGACCCUGCACCAUUGUCCAGGGAGCUCUGAAAAACAUCCUGCGUCGCACCCCUCAAGAGUUCUACCACAACACUCUGAGCUUCCUCAAGUCCAAUGCUGAUCUCUGCUACGGUGCGUUGGCUGCCAUCCCUGGACUCCGACCAGUCCACCCUUCUGGGGCCAUGUACCUCAUGGUUGGAAUUGAGAUGGAACAUUUCCCAGAAUUUGAGAAUGAUGUGGAGUUCACGGAGCGCUUAGUUGCUGAGCAAUCCGUCCACUGCCUCCCGGCCACGUGCUUUGAGUACCCGAGUUUCUUCCGAGUGGUAAUCACAGUCCCUGAAGUGAUGAUACUGGAGGCCUGUAGCCGGAUCCAGGAGUUCUGUGAGCAGCACUACCAUUGCGCUGAGGGGAGCCAGGAAGAGUGUGACAAAUAGGUCCCAGCCCCUUCUCCUGAGUAUGUGUCCCAUCUGGGGAGGGCUGGAUUGGGCCCUGCUGCUCCUCAGGGAGUCAGGCACCCCUACUGUGAGAGGGGUCUCAAAAAUACCUUUUGUCAAGGGUUCAGAAUUGCUCCUGCUUUCCCCCAACUAUAUCCACAUGCACACUCUGAAUCCCAGAUUCUCUUCUGGCUCUGCUCUGCUGGAGUGACUCACUAAUUCGUUAGUCUGCCCCACUCCCAUACGCCUUCCUCCUUUUUUCUUGAGUAUCAGGUGAACAAAGUUUACCUGAAAGCAGUAAAGACAAGAUAAUUAAGAGCUCACAAUGAGAGAAACAAAAGAUUGAGAGAACUUGUGCCCCAACCACUUCUUCGUACUCUAAGAACACAUUCUCUCCAGUCAGAUCUGAAGCCCAACUCUGUUACGGCCUGACUUCAGGUAUACUUCACUUUAUGAAAUAGAGCUACAACAAAAGAAGCUGGGGACACAUGUAUUUGGUUAAUUACAUUCUAAACACGUUAGGAAAAUUUGCUAAUUUGAAGGAUCCCUUACAGGAACCUUUUCGUUAUUUUUUUUGAAAGAAUUAUUUUGUGAUGUGAAUAAAUAUCCUUUAAUUGAUCAACCUUCUAAAUUUAGCUAUGUUUGUAUCAGGCUUUCUUAAAAUGAGGGCACAUCUGUACCAAAAAAUGGAGAAAUCAGAGGACCUUCCAGAAAUACUGCUGUGUAAAGGCCAGAAAUAUCCUCACUUACUGUUAUAGAAUCAUUAUUACUUU